CACAAAUUAAAACAAACAAAAACAUUAAUAAUAAUAUGAAUAAAACGUGAUUAUAAACAAUUUAAGUAAUUAAAAAUGAAGCUUUUAAUCUUGUUUUUAAUUUCAUGUACAUUUCAAUUAGCAUUGAGUGAUAAUAAUCCUGGAGACCAAAAAUUGCCAAGUGUACUGAUAGUAACUCUAAUCAGGAAUAAGGGGCACACUUUGCCUUAUUUUUUUAGUCUUUUGGAGUCUCUGAAUUAUCCUAAGGACCGAAUUUCAUUAUGGAUAAGAAGCGAUAACAACAUCGACCAUUCCCUAGAAAUAACAAAACUGUUCCUGGACAAAAUUUCAGAACAAUAUCAUUCAGUCGACUAUGAGUAUACAACAAAGAAGUUAUUUAGCAGUAAUGAAGACAACAAUGUUAUUUCCAAGUGGUCCGAAGAAAGAUUUAAGCAUGUUAUUAAGUUGAAAGAAGAGGCUUUGGGGAAAGCUAGGAAGAUGUGGGCUGAUUAUGUAUUCUUUUUGGAUGCCGAUGUCUUCCUAACGAAUCCAGACACUUUGCUGAAUUUAAUUGCUGAAAAUGAAAUUGUUAUAUCACCCAUGUUGAAAUCUGAUGGAAUGUAUUCUAAUUUUUGGUGUGGAAUGACAGCAGAUUAUUACUACAAACGUACAGAAGAGUACAAACCGAUUUUGUAUCGAGAAAAUUUAGGAAAACAUCAAGUGCCGAUGAUACAUUCUGCAGUUUUAAUUAAUUUAAAUCGUGUCUUAAGCGAUAAGUUGACUUUUAAUCCUGAUAAUUUGAAGAAAUAUUCUGGACCGGUCGAUGAUAUUAUUACUUUUGCUUAUGCUGCAAACGUUAGUGGUAUUCCUCUAAUUGUUUCGAACAAAGAACCUUUUGGGUAUGUGAUGGUGCCUUUAGAACAAGGUGACAGUUUGCAGCACGAUUAUAUACAGUUGACAAAUUUAAAACUACUCGUUUUGGGUGAAAUGAAACCUCUAUAUGUCAACGAGUAUUUACAACACUAUAUUGCAUAUCCACAAACGGAUAAAAUGGGUUUUGAUGAAAUCUACAUGAUAAACCUAUUGAGAAGACCUGAAAGACGAGAAAGGAUGAGAUUGUGUUUUCAGGAACUCGGAAUUAAUGCAAAAACUGUUAAUGCUGUCGACGGACGGUCCCUGAACGAUAGUUGCCUGGUCGAAUUGGGUAUAAGUUUUAUGCCCGAAUUUAUUGACCCUUAUCAUAAAAGGCCGAUGACAAUGGGUGAAAUAGGCUGUUUUCUAAGUCACUACAAUAUUUGGAAAGAGGCGUCAUCUAUGGACUACAAUCUAAUAAUGAUCCUAGAAGACGAUGUCAGAUUCGAACCUUUUUUCAGACAAAAACUCCAAGCGAUUUUGAGAGAAAUUCAACAGAACAAUGUUGAAUAUGAUUUACUUUAUAUUGGAAGAAAACGUUUAUUGGAAAACGAAGAGCCUUACAUUGAAAAUUCGAGGCUUUUAGUAAAGCCAAGUUAUUCUUAUUGGACUUUAGGGUACAUUUUAACAAAAUCAGGAAUUCAAAAACUGUUAAAGGCUGAGCCUUUGAAAAAUAUGGUGCCUGUCGAUGAGUAUUUACCUAUUUUGUUUGAUAAACACCCGAGAGAUGCCUGGAAAACCCAUUUUCCCGAUAGAGACCUUAUAGCCCUGUCGACAGCGCCUCUACUGGUGUACCCGACGCACUACACGGGCGAACCGGGUUAUUUCUCGGAUACCGAAGACUCGAACAUAAUUCCUGAUAAUCUGAUUUUGAAUAAUAAUAUAAACGAAGACAACCAGAACAAGUUUAUAAGCGAUCCUGGUGUUAAGGACGAUUUGUGA